CACUGUUCCCCAUGGCGAGUGUUCGGGGUUUCGUUGGCGCUGCUCUACUCCUACACCUCAGCUUGGGUGUGCUAGUAGAGAGCAGUUCCUUCCGUCUGUACGAUGCAUUUGAGGCCUCUUACCUAGGAGAUGCACUAGGUCUUUCUUCUCAGUGCAUGCAGGCCCUAAACUCUACAAUUGACUGCGAUAAGAAGACGGCCACAAAAGCUGCGUCGGGCCCCGAUAGUUAUGCUUGGACCACACAAAAUCUAACCAACUUGUGUACAUCGGAAUGCCAGGCUUCGUUGACUGCGUGGUUGUCGGCGGUCGACACGCAGUGUGAAGGCGAAACCAUGAUUAGCACCGGAGGUGUGAUGACUCUAGCUAAAUUAACCCCUACAAUGUGGAAGGAUGGCUACGAUUUGGUCUGUCUGCAGUCCAGUUCCUCGGAUUGGUGUUUCCUCCAGUCUCAGACAUGGCAGGGUGCAGAUUACAUCAGAUACUCCCCAGAAGCAUGCGACAACGCGGACGAGGCUGACAAUCCGGAACAUUGUUACGAUCCAACCUGGACCCCUCAGAAUUUCACAGCGGAGAUGAAAAUGAUCACCAAUAUGUAUAACCAGUCCACGGUGUGCGACGAAUGCUUUAUCAAGAUGUGGAGGCAACGUCUGAUGUCCCCGAGUCUCCCAAGCGGAGAUUUUGGCCAAUACCUCGUAUCUCAGUACGAGAAUAUCCAGCAAAACUGUUCUACUACUCUUCCAGUCUCGACGUACACAUCACAGCUUCUUGCACAAGCUACCAAAACCAAGGUUGUAACGGCGACAGGAGAGUCAACUACCACUGCCGCAGCUACAGCUACCUCCUGCUUGGGCCAACUUGUGCAGCCAAGGAAGCUCUUCUAUUGCAAUGACCUGACAGAUACCUACAAUGUUAGCACCGGCAUCGCGUAUCAUGUCACGGGCGACAAGUCCGGCUGUCAAUUUAGUGAAGCGAUCUGCCUACCCUUGCCCUGCGAGCUGGAUACAGUCUAUCACAAUCCAACAUGUUCGGACCUCGCUGCGCGUUACUCUACUGACGAUCAUGAGGUUACUCUCACCCAGUUCUUGAGCUGGAAUCCGUAUAUCCAGGGAUCAUGUGGGUCUCUCAAUUCCGCCCAGAGAGUGUGUAAGAGCCCGCCGGGCGGCAAGUUCAACGCUACCGCAAUCGUCUAUGCUCCCACAGCCGCUGGGUCGUAUUAUACCACAGCGUCCCCUGCAGAGCCUACACAGCCCGGAGCGACCUCCGACUGCGGCCUCUACUACCAGGUGGCAUUAGGCGAUACGUGUAAUUCGAUUGCCCUUCGAUUCGGCAUUACCUUUUCUGAGCUCCAGCAAUUGAACGUCAACAUCACCGACACGUGUAGCAACCUCUGGCUAGGCUAUGAUAUCUGCGUCGCUCCGGUCACUGCGGCGCCGCUGUCUACGGAUGGCCGUUGCGGGCCUUUGUUCAACCACACCACUUGCUUGGGAACCUCAUUUGGAGACUGCUGUAACUCCGAUGGCUGGUGCGGCAGCACAUUUGAUUACUGCGGGGCCGAUACCUGCAUCUCGGGCAAGUGCAACAAAGCCACCAGUGUGACCACGGAUGGCACCUGCGGUCCCGACCACAGUUACACCUCGUGCACCAACGCCAACUUUGGCCCGUGUUGUUCCAUUUAUGGCUACUGCGGCAGUGGCAGCGACUUUUGUGGUGCGGGCAACUGCUAUUCGGGCAGCUGCGAGGCGGAUAUCGGCGGUCCCAGCAUCAACGGGGAGUGUGGCCCGAACUUUGCGGGCAACAAGACGUGUACCGGCACGCAGUUUGGAUCAUGCUGUUCGGUGGCGGGAUACUGUGGUAGCAGUGAGGAGUAUUGUGGUGCGGGGAAUUGCUACUCGGGGGCUUGUCUAUAACAGGCACGCCAAUGACUCGUGGAGAGGCACGGCAAACGAACUAAG